UAUUUAGCGAAGAAGAUGAAGAUUGCGAUGCGUCGGCGGCUGAGAAGGAGACGGAUCAAAGAAUUCAAUAUCAAACCACUGAUAAAUCUGUUCCGAUUUUGUCCCAUUUGAGCUCCAUUGUUCUCGCAUUCUUCCGGAGACAUAGCGACAAUGGCCUUCAAUCAUCUCCUCCGUUCCACUCUCAGGUCUCAGUUUGGUACCUUUACAAAAGCCGUUGCUACUUCUAGUAGAGCUUCACAGGAACAUGUCAUCUUGGCUCCCUUCCUGGCCCGCUUACACGGUACAGAGGCUUCCGUGCAAAAAGAAGAUUCAAGGUUUAAGGGGCAUGAUAUGCUUGCACCUUUUACUGCUGGAUGGCAGACCACCGAUGUUAAUCCACUAAUUAUAGAAAGAUCUGAGGGCUCAUAUGUAUAUGACAUUGAUGGGAGGAAGUACCUUGAUUCUCUUGCUGGUCUAUGGUGCACAGCCUUAGGAGGAAAUGAACCGCGACUUGUGGCAGCUGCAACGUCCCAACUGAAUACCUUGCCGUUUUACCACUCCUUCUGGAAUCGUACUACGAGACCUUCUCUGGAUCUGGCGAAGGAACUCCUUGAAAUGUUUACAGCUAGAAAAAUGGGGAAAGUCUUUUUUGCAAACAGUGGUUCAGAAGCCAAUGAUACUCAGGUCAAGCUGGUAUGGUACUAUAACAAUGCACUUGGAAGACCAAAUAAGAAAAAGUUCAUUGCUCGCUCAAAAGCGUACCAUGGUUCAACAUUAAUAUCAGCCAGUCUUACUGGCCUUCCAGCUUUACACCAAAAGUUUGACAUUCCAGCUCCAUUUGUUCUGCACACUGACUGUCCACAUUACUGGCGUUACCAUCUUCCAGGUGAGACAGAGGAAGAGUUCUCAACCAGAUUAGCCAAAAACCUAGAAGACCUCAUACUCAAGGAGGGACCAGAGACGAUUGCUGCGUUCAUUGCUGAACCUGUCAUGGGGGCUGGUGGUGUGAUUCCUCCACCUGCUACUUAUUUUGAUAAGAUCCAAGCUGUGGUCAAGAAGUAUGACAUACUUUUUAUUGCUGAUGAGGUCAUCUGUGCCUUUGGAAGAUUGGGGACAAUGUUUGGAUGCGAUAAAUACAACAUUAAACCAGACCUUGUAUCUCUUGCAAAGGCACUUUCCUCGGGAUACAUGCCUAUUGGAGCUGUUAUGGUUAGCCCCGAAAUCUCUGAUGUGAUUCACUCUCAAAGCAAUAAGCUAGGUUCCUUUUCUCAUGGAUUUACUUAUUCUGGACACCCCGUCUCAUGUGCUGUUGCAAUUGAAACACUAAAGAUCUACAAGGAAAGAAAUAUUGUGGAGCAAGUAAAGAGCAUCUCCUCGAGGUUUCAAGAUGGCCUUAAAGCUUUCUCUGACAGCCCAAUCGUUGGGGAGAUACGGGGUACUGGCUUGAUUCUUGGAACCGAGUUUGCAGACAACAAAUCACCAAAUGAUCCAUUCCCGCCUGAAUGGGGAGUGGGUGCAUAUUUUGGAGCUGAAUGUCAGAAAAAUGGUAUGCUAGUACGUGUCGCAGGGGAUACUAUAAUGAUGUCUCCACCAUUUAUCAUCUCUCCUCAAGAAGUGGACGAGUUGAUCAGCAUUUAUGGAAACGCAUUGAAGGCUACUGAAGAGAGAGUAAAGGAAUUGAAGGCUCAGAGGUAGCUGCAAAUACUUACAAGGAAUGGAAUGCCCUGAAGGAAGGAAUCGGAUUAUAUUCUACUCCUAAGGAACAGUGAAAUCCUCCUCUGUUGUGGCCAAAUGCUUGAUUGAUGGUGGCGAAAAGUUGGUUUCUUGUAGAGAAGGCACUGAGAUACCAUUCUCUGGGUCAAAAUAAAGCUGGUAUCAAUAUAGGUUUCAAUGUAAACUUGCUCCUUUUCUGAUACAGUUCUUGUAAUAAUGGUUUUUUGAGUUAUUCAAAAUCCAUAAAAGAUGUCAAAUAUCAUGAAAAAUGUUGGUUUUAUAUGAUUGGCUAAAUAUAUAAAUAGUUCAUCAUUUUU